AAAUAAGACUUUACUUCGGCGACUUGGCUUCAUUCAAGAUGGUGGAAAUCUGUACUUCCUGCAGUCAAAGCUUAUGAUAUAACUUCCCCGUGUUUAAGGAAAAGGACAACUUUUUAUUUUUUGGGGAAUUUCGGCCUGAAUUAGUAACCACCAUGAUGCAUUUCUCCAUCUUAACAAAAGGAGCUACUUUCCACAGAACAACCAUCACACCGUCACUAUUUGGUUGUCCUCUGUGUCCAAGGUUCAGGACGACAAAGGACAAGGCGAGUAAGAGGCAUGUGAAUCGACACAUUGAAAUGGGAGUGCAAGUCCAGGAUACGUUAAUCUGCAGAUGCAACAUGCCAUGCCGGGACAGGGGUCAUUACCACUGCUUGUAUUGUGCCAUAACAAUCUUACGCAAAGAAGACCUAUAUUCACAUCUGUCUAGAUGUCAAAAUUCACCUCCACCACCAGCUAACCUCAGCUCAGCUUUACUAUCCUCAUUGUCCUUGCCUCCUAGUCACUUCCUUCUUUCGGAGCCCCUCAAAGAUUCUGUUGCACCUGUAGUAAGUGUAGAGCAUUCAAACACCCUUCCGCCAUCCGUGACAUCAGUGAGUGUACAGCCUUUUUACGCACACUCUUCCACACCAUCACCCCAGUUGCUCACGUUGUCAGAAAAAUCUUUUCAGUUACCCACAGGCAAACCGUCGGAGCCUCCACCCAAGGAAGCAGUCGACCUGGGCUAUUCACUCAAUUACGGUAUCAACACUGCUACUGAGGAAAUACUCAAACAUGAGGUCCUUGAGGAAUUGUUGGAGUGCAAGUUUUUCACCAAGUCCACAGUGGCAGUUUGCAAAAAGAGGCAAAAAGAAGCAGAGGAAGCUCAUGCAGCUUUGUGUGUGUUGGUGGAACACGAUGGUUCUCAAGACCAGAUUUGUCUCUCUGUGCACGAGCCCACAAUAUCUCACUUCUGCAGUUUAGGCAGGGUUGUAGUGACGUAUGACAAUAAAAAACACACAUGGCAUUGCCCCUGCGUAAAGGUAAAUACAUCCUGCCCACACAAGGACAUUGCAAAAUGGCACCUUUUACAAACCCAGAAAAAACUUUUUACGUGGCUGUAGUUUGCGCCAACUACCAGAGCAACGGAUAUUCACAGACGGCACCUGUAACCAGGAAUCUAUUGGAUGAUUCGAGCUGUCAGUCAUGCUGGUGCCCACUCGUAUGUGCUGUGUGUAACUGUCUAUUUCUAAAUGGGGCACAAAAUGUACAUAUUUUAUGGAAGGAGACCAUUAACUCCUCAGGAAAAUGUUUACUGAUGUUGUAAAUAAAGUUAUUUUUGCAACUGUUUUAGUCACCCCGUGGUGGCUAUUCUUUAAAUUGUUACUCCCUGCUUGGCCUCAACCAGAAUAUCUUAAAACUGUCCAUUUUUCUAUAUGAUCUAUGAACUUUACUUGAUAUUGUUUUGUAAUAAACCUGAAAGUGAAGGUUA